AUGAUACUGGGGUCUUCCUUAAUCGCCGCUUUGGCUAUAUCCGUUAAUUACGAUGGCUCAGAUGCGAUAGGGAGCGUCAGCAACAGGGAGUGGAAUUUUGAUAAAGAGGAACUGGAUUCCGGAGAAGCGGAAGACGAGGGGUACAGAAGAGGAAAGAUUUUGUUUCCAUUCGGAGGGAGCAUCGUUCGCUUUGCGAAUACGGAGUGCUCGACUACCAACACCCUGAGUGGCACGUGUUUGGCGCGCCGGGAGUGUAACGACCUCAAUGGGACCAUCACUGGGACAUGCGCAUCAAGAAGAGGCCGAUGCUGCGUAGUGGCCCGCGGGUGCGGCGGCACCACCAACGUGAACAACACGUACUUCACGAGCCCGGGCUACCCGGCCGCGUACGCCGGCGGCGCCGCCUGCAGCAUAAUCGUCAACCGAUGCAGCAGUAACAUCUGUCAGCUCCGUAUCGACUUCCUGGACAUGGUGCUCGCUCAACCGGACGGCGACGGCGUGUGCUCGACGGACUCCAUCACGGUGACGGGCGGCAACACUGAGGUGCCAACACUCUGCGGCGACAACACCGGCCAGACCAUCUUCGUCGACUUCGACGACGACACGGCAGUCACAGUCACAAUCACUGCCACCGCGAGUACCACAUUCAGCAGACGGUGGAAUGUAAAGCUUACACAAAUUGCCUGCGAUUGCCCUGGAUUAGCACCCAACGGCUGCCUGCAGUACUACACCGGCACCACAGGAACCAUCUCCGGUUUCAACUACGGCUCGGCCGCCAACACGGCGCUCAGCGCUUCGCUCGUCACAGGCACACGCCAGAUCGCCAACUUGAACUACGGGAUAUGCAUCAGGAUGGAGGCCGGCUACUGCGACAUACAAUAUUCUCAGACAUCUGACAUCUACUCGUUCACGUUGACCGGGGACGUGGAGGGCGCGGACAACACCGUGCUGGGCACGACGGUGGGCGCGGUGAACGACGGCGCCUGCACCACGGACUUCGUGGUCAUACCCAACCCUGUAGAGGUCGACACCGGCCUCGCCGUCGACACCGACCGCUUCUGCGGGCUGGGCUUCGUUACCGUUCAAACGGGAGCCAAGCCGUUCGUGCUGUACGUGGUGACGGACGGCAGCGAAGGCGCCACGGCCACCACCGCGCCCGACGUGGCCAACCGCGGCUUUAGCCUGACCUACACGCAGGUGGCCUGCUGA